AUGCAACCGCCACCACCACCAAUGACGCCGUACGAGGAGAACAUCACGCGGUCGUACCAGUACCUCAACGGUGCCCGGAUGCAGUCAGCGAUUCUCUUUAACAGCACCACCUUCUGCAUCGAUCGCUGCCUCGAUACGCAGGAGCUGUACACCUUGAUGCGCACGACGAACGCUCCGAUCUCGUAUCGCCUCCAGAAGGAUAUGGAGGAGAAGAAGUGCGUGCAAAACUGCAGUGCCAAGUGGGACGAGCUGUUCAACAUCACCCUCACGGAAACAAACGAAAGUGCCGUUCGCGAGGUGCAAGCGAACGCUAUCGCGAAGAUGAUGGGGGCGAUGCAGCAGUAA